UAGAUAUAGAAAUUUUCGUAUAAUUGCAUGCACACUGCACAUAAUUGCAAAGUACAGCUACAUUAUUUUAGACAUGUGUAAAAUACAGAAAUAAAAACUUUUGUCACUUCAUAAUAUAAUAUUGAAUUCUUGCCAGGCGGGAAAGAAGUCUUACACCCGCUGCACCAUAAGCAGGAUUAUUCGCUACUUAAUAAAAUAGCGCUCAUUUCCUGUGCUGUGAUGUUCCUGUUGGGUAUAGUAGCGCUUUACUUUACGCAGCAUUUUAUCCUAAGUGAUGCCUGGGAAAGAGUGGAGAUCUUCGCUGACCGUUUCGAAGACGACAGAAUAGAUGUCACCAAAUGGAACGUGGCCGACGCAGCGACGGCAACAUUGACCAGCAAUGGCCCGGUUGGAUCCGAACAUGUGCUCGUGCAGCCUGUCGUUACCAAUGUCUGGGAAAAGGAGCAUAAAAUGUUCCUGAUAACGAACGAGACCUCGUGGAAGAACUUCACCACCUCGCAUGUUGACACCCGUGACAAGUUCUCCUUCACGUACGGGGAAGUGGAAUGGACGGUGCAGAUGCCGCUGGGCCAUGGUGUCUCCGCCGUCCUCUCGCUGAUCCCGGACUACUGCAACGAUCCCUGCCAGCACCGCAUCGACAUUCUGUACCGUGGGGAUGUCCCCAACCGGGUGACCUUUAUGGUGCAGUCCUCCUACGAAAUGCACAGUGUCCAGCAUGAUGGGAUUGAAGUGACCAUUCCCGGGAGUUUUGCCAUGGGUUUCAAUCGGUUUAAGAUUCUGUGGGAUGAUCAACAGCUCAAAUUUUACGUGAAUCCGCAGGAUGGCCAGCCGGAGAAUUUCGCCGUGACCGACAACCGGCCCCUCCUACCGCAUGUUCCCAUGCAUCUGGAGAUGAGCAGUUCGGUUGGUGGAUGGUAUGAAGGUCUACCGAGUGUUUUGUUUGCGACGCUACCAUCGUUUUUAAUAAUCGAAGAAGUUACCGUUCAUCGCUGGCAAUAAAACAAAAAACAUGCGAUAUUAGCUAAUUAAGUUCUUUAAUCGCGACGGAAGCAUCGUUUCUAAUUAUUGAGGAGAUAGUGUGCACUGGAAUAAAAAAGUAAUGCUUCCAGAAAUUACCGUAAUGCUUAGUGUAUG